CUUUGUUCGAUGGAGCUGGCUUGUACGCAUAUUGACAAAUUUUCUUUUGAUAGAUUGUGCUUUUCUUUUGUUGACCGUGCUACCGGUCGUGAGUAAGUGUAAGUGCAACUCGUUUUCUUGCGGAGAGUAAUUUCAGAGCGAUUUCGUUCAAGAUUUUUGCUGCGUAUUCUGGUGUGUUUCUACUUCUAGAUUUGCUUUUGAAUCACCCUCGUGUUGACGGUGUAUCAACGAAAGUCAAAAUGCAAUUGCCUCAACGUCGCUCGUAGGAAGCCACGAGUGCCGCGGAGCAUGGGACUGGAUACCGGUUCCAACAGCGCGCCGCCGAUGCUGAGCCUGAAUGGUUUGUCGGAGCAGCUGCUCGAGCGGCUCUCCGCGUUACCAGAGCAGGUGGACUCCCUACUUGCGCAGGCGAAAAGGCAGCCGGCGGCGGCGGCAGUCCUGGACGCUACUCCGGAUUUCGUCUGGCGUGUGGGGUUAUCAAAAGUAAAAAUGUCUGGGUCUGGAAACUUGUGAUGCUGGGUAGCGUCUCAUGAUGAGGCUACGAAUGCUGGCUCAGCACGACAAGUUUCUGAGCUCCUAGGUGUUGCCUAUUCUGCAUGACAAACUGUGCCUCUGCAUCACAGAAAAACGGAGCUCUUGGGAACGUGCAUGACAGAUUUAAGAGUCACGCCAGACAAGCAUGACAAACGUGAAUUUUUCCAGACCCAGACAUUUUUGCAUUUGGUAGGGGUUCGGCGAUUUCAUGCUUGGCUUCCUGUUCACGCUGUUUUUCACGUUUUUCCUCGUGCUCGUUGGCGACGGUCAUUUCCGGUGCUUUUUCGACCUGAUUUGGCUCUCCCGGCACCUCGCGUUGCUGUUCGCCUCCGUCGGGUAUUUUGUGUUUCUCCGCGGACCUGACUACUACGUGGCCAUUGUCCAGCACUACUUCGGGAAUCGGGACGUGCAAGUUGGUCGCCCGGACGAUGCGCUGGCGGUCGACAAAACGGCACAGGGUACUCUCGGUGUUAUCGUCGCGGUCGUGGUUGUGUCCUUCAUGUGGAAUUACUACUCCAGCUAUUGUUGGUGGAAGGGCGAACUCGAAGCGGAAAUUUACAUGUCCAAAACGCACAACGUGAAGGCGUUGCUUUUGCGGCCACAGGACCUCGUGCCCAAUGAGAAAAAGCUGACGGUCAAAAACAUCGCGUGUCGGGGCUCGUUCGUCAUAGGAUUCCUCUACUGGACGGCUGUAGUGGUACCCAUCGCGCUCACCUUUGCUGCCCAAACCGUGCUGGACAGGCCGUUGGAAGAAGCGUUUCUGGAAACCUACGAUGAAACGCACCAGAAAUUCGGCGUAAGUUGUACUGUUGUAUGUUGUUUUUCGUUACACUAUGGAAUCCCUCUCUGUCAAAUCAGAAAAUGUCAAGAAGAUUUUUAGAAUCGGCAUGAUCGUUCGAGAAGAAUUUAUCGAACAACUACAGGGCCGCAAUAUCUUGGUCACUGACGCAACGCACGGUGUGGGCUACCACACGGCCAAAUGGUUAUCUGAGUGGGGGCGUGCAAAAAUGCUCUACCUUGGCGUGCCUUCGAUGACGGCGUGUGACUCCAUUAUCCACACAAUUCUUCGCCCCGAUUUCACACGCCUGAAGUGCUUUAUCUACGAUUUUGGAGCAGAGGAAGAUUACCAGCGAGUACAUGCUUAGUAGCAGAAAACCUGAUGCUCCGAGCUACCUCGUUUAAAGCUAAUGAAUUCAUUUCAUUCAUUGUCUUUGUAGCAGUACAACUGAUCCUGGUGACCGGUUUUCAUAGCCCGUUGAGAAAAAUCGAAGCCAAAGUAAAAAUCUUCAGAUUAGCGACGUGGUGAAAAGCAUGGACGAUUUCCGUGUGGACAUUCUGAUCAAGACCGCGGUGUUCCAAAAUUACCCGCUGGGCCCACGCCACGAAGAUUCCUCCACAUCCUUUUUCCGUAACCCUGGCGAAACCUUCCAGAGGACCUACGGUGCGGAGCGGUACCUGCAGCGGUACAUUGAGAAAAACCACAAUGCGAAACUCCACACUGUUGUGGUCACUUCGCACGCGGCACAAGUGUGUCCGUUACUGGGGGAGCCUGGCCGAAAAGUCUCGCGGGGGCCGACGGACGUCGAUCUGGAGCAGCUGUUCCACUCCUGGUUCGGCUACAUGCUCUUCGAGAAGAAAGAGUACAACGCCGGGCAGACGGGGAAAAAUGGGCGCUACCAGAUCGUCCCGGAUCACGCACUGGACACCUGCUACAUUCUGGACGAGCUCUUUCAGAGCUGGGACUACCGGCGGUCCGUUUGGAUGGAACUCAGCUCCGGUCCGGGCUUCGUCAGCCCCGCUCUGCGGGUGACGACCGAAACGACCGCGAAAAACGGGACGAUAACAAGGAAACAGGAAAUGCAGCCCAGGGCGGUGUGCAGCCUGUCGGACGGGAAGCCUUUGGGCAUUCCCGCCUGGGAUUUUUUGCAGGCUACUUUUUGGCAGCAGGUCGCUGUGAAACCAGGAUACGGAGAGAUUGGAGCGCUUCUCCAUUUCGUAGCGGAGGGCGGCGGUCUCGAUGACAGUCAACAGCAAGGCGUCACCAGCUUCACGCGUGCGGCGCUCGCAGAAGCUGCAGGGUAUCUGAUGUCGGGUAGAAUCUUCGGUAUGUUCUCCGCCGCUAUUUCCGGAAUGUUUCGUUUCGCGCGGUUUUUUGCCGUUCGGGAAGGACGCAUCGGCGCGAUUCCUGUCCUGCGCGCCGCGCUCGAAGACACGCGCGACCGACGGACUGCGGAGUGUAUCUCAAACCAAGCUGGCUCAGGACCGUGCAUAGGAGAGGAUGUCUUUGUUUUCAAAAGAGACGCCGAACGCAGUGUGAAGAAGGUUGACGAGACGAUACUCCAAAGGCCCCCAAAAAAGCCAAAACCAUAAAUGACAUAGACAUCUAGUGCAGAGGUUGUACCUCGAAGCAUACGAUUUAGUGAUUGCCGAACUAUUGUUCCUCGCAACCUAGCGAGUAGAGGCGGCACAAAAAUGAACAAGAGCCAGCCUGUUAUUGUGAUGUGCGACAGAAAGCGCGUACCUACUGUACGCGCGCAGAGGCGUUGACGCAACCGUUUGAAAGAUCAGGAGAGAAGCCCAAAGAAAGUCAGCGCGUUUGUGUCUGCGCGAAAGAAGAUCAAGAAGACGAGAAACAACAGUGUCAAUUAGAUGCAGCUCUCGCCCUUCACCUGGCCUUAAUGUGGAGCGCAUAGAUGUGGUCUUCAAAGCGUGUGAGUUUCUGACUGAUCCAGGAAAGUUCUUCCUUCUGUCUUGCUUUUUCUCGUGCAAGCUCCUGCUUUGCCUUUUUUGAUGAAGUAUGUGGUGCAUGUUGUCGUGGUUCGUUUCUUUGGUUCGAAGUUGGUUUGCAAGGAGCACGUGAAAGCGUGAUGGAAGAAGCGCCAUGCAGAUUGACAAAGAAACCGUGAGCAAAGAAAAUAUGUUCACCCGCAUUCUGAGGUCUGGCAUAGUACUUACCACAAUAGAACAAGGAGCGAUUUGAUGUUCAUUUUUUUUCGCAAGAAAAAAAUCUGAUUGUCAACGACAGCUGCUGUGUUGGUAGACAGAUGGAGCAUUCUAUACACUUCUUCGUGAUGAGAUGACAAACAAAAC